AUGAACAGGAUGCAGGUAGGUGUCGAUGCGAGAGAUCCUAGUGAUCGGAGCGUAGCAGGCGGGAUCCAACGGCAUCUUCUCGUUGUAGCCUCGGGCUUGCUUCACGUAAACCAUUGGUCGCGUACAAAAUUAAUAAUUUUAGUUUGUUUCCACAUUGCGAUGUCUGGUCUGGCUCGUAGCGGAAACCUCGCAACGAAAGUGAUAUGCGGGUCACAACAACAUACUAAUUUUGUGGUUGUCACAGCUCCAUCCAUGAUCACGCCCAUCAGAGAUCUUCUUCCCGAUGUCAGCAGUGUUGAAUCUCACCAAGCAUUACUGAGUAAAAGCGCACAUCCCCGCGGCCUACUUUCUUCGAAUUUCGCGGUGAAAGGAAUAAAUGUGUCAUCUCGCCGUCUUGCUCAUACAGAUGUCAAGUUUCCCGAUAUGUCGGAGUAUCGUCGAGAGUCGUCUAUGGAUCUUCAAAAGAGCGCUCGUGAAACUGAAGAUCAGCGGCGUUCGCUGGCGCAUACUGCGUUCUAUGGAGCUGGCGGAGUGAUGUCACUUUGGGCUGGUAAAGAGAUCGUCCAGACCUUGGUAUCUUUCAAGGCAAUGGCUGCUGAUCAGCGUGCUCUUGCAUCUAUAGAAAUCAGCAUGGAUGAUAUACCUGAAGGUCAAACAAAAACAUUUGAAUGGAGAGGAAAACCCGUGUUUGUGAAGCACCGUACCCAGCAGGAAAUCGAUAGGGAGAAAGCGGUAAAUGUAUCGGACCUGCGACAUCCUGAGCACGAUGAUGAGCGUGUCCAACGAGAUGAGUGGUCUGUGGUGAUUGGAGUGUGCACUCACCUUGGAUGUGUACCAAUCGCUAAUUCUGGUGACUUUGGAGGCUACUUCUGCCCAUGUCACGGAUCGCAUUACGACGGCUCCGGUCGCAUAAGAAAAGGACCUGCACCACUAAAUCUUCAUGUUCCUGCAUAUUCGUUCAAGGACUCUACCAUCGUAAUCGGCUCUUCUUAAUGACAUCAUUGAUAAGCAGUUUUUUUACGUAGGAGUAGCUGAUGUGCUCAUGAUUGCUCGAGUCGUGUGCUACUAAUCUAGAUGGAUGUUUUACCUCUUAUUUAUGCCUCCUGAUGAUGUUUACCUCUGUGCAAGUGAGACUUUUGCAAAGCUCUGAUAUUGUGAGGUUUUAUCACACAUAAAACAUUCGGUAAUG